AAACACAACAUUCUUGAGCUAUUGUGAUGAUUUAUUUGCUUGAGAUGGGAAAAUGAACUAAAAAACCUCGGGUUGGUGGUAGCUUUGUCAAAAGGAGCGAGGAGCUGCGUCAUAUGAACGAUCGCCCUUCCAGGUACCCACCAGCAAAAACAUCUAGAAUUUAGACCAGAACGACAUUCCAUAUCCUCGAUUUCGUCAGUCACCAUGGAUAGCGGAAUGGACAUGGAUAUUCUUGAGCCUCGUGGCACCAAAAGACCUGCUGAAGAGACUGAGCCACAGAAACCAAAAAGAAUCAAGGCACUCGAUCCAGAUGUCGUGAAUAAGAUUGCUGCUGGGGAGAUCAUUGUGGCCCCCAUGCAUGCUCUGAAAGAAAUGAUCGAAAACGCUGUCGACGCUGGCUCGACAUCCAUCGAAGUCUUGGUGAAGGACGGCGGCCUCAAACUGCUCCAGAUCACUGACAACGGCCAUGGUAUAGACAGAGAUGAUCUCCCCAUCCUGUGCGAGAGAUUCACAACCUCCAAAUUAAAGAGCUUCGAGGAUCUUUCAUCUAUUGGGACCUAUGGAUUCCGGGGUGAGGCUUUAGCAAGUAUCAGCCAUAUCGCGCAUCUCACAGUGACCACCAAGACGGCUGGCUCAAGCUGUGCUUGGAGGGCUCACUAUGGCGAUGGGAAGCUCAUUGCUCCCAAGCCUGGUCAGAGUGCCGCUCCCAAAGCCACGGCUGGACGCGGUGGCACGCAGAUAACUGUCGAAGAUUUAUUCUACAAUGUUCCAACCAGGCGUCGAGCUUUUCGUUCCGCGAGUGAAGAAUACGCCAAAAUCCUUGAUGUCGUUGGCCGAUACGCCGUGCACUGCUCAGGAGUAGCAUUUUCAUGCCGCAAACACGGUGACUCGGGCGUGAGCAUCUCAACGCCAUCAGCAGCAAACACCGCGGACCGCAUUCGCCAGAUUCAUGGGAGCUCUGUGGCUAAUGAGCUGGUUGGAUUCAAAGUGGAAGACGACAAAUUGGGGUUCCGCUCAUCGGGCCUUGUCACGAACGCGAACUACCAUGUCAAGAAGACAGCCAUUCUCCUGUUUAUCAACCAUCGGUCUGUCGAGUCCACCACAGUCAAGCGGGCUGUCGAACAGACAUACUCGGCUUUUCUUCCCAAAGGAGGCCACCCCUUUGUCUACAUUGAUUUAGAGAUUGAGCCACAACGGGUGGAUGUCAACGUACACCCGACGAAGCGUGAGGUGAAUUUCCUGAAUGAGGAUGAAAUUAUCGAAUGCAUCUGCAAUGAAAUCAGAUCAAAACUCGCACAAGUUGACGAAAGUCGAACAUUUCUCACCCAAACAGUCCUCCCGGGAGUGAAGACAUUCGAACAUCUAAACCGCGACAAUGCGGCCCCUGACACUUCCAAUGAGAGCGGAAUAUCAGUUCCCAAAACGCCCGCACAAACAAAGAAGCCAUAUGAGCAUAACCUAGUACGCACAGAUUCCAAAGUCCGCAAAAUUACCUCGAUGCUCUCACCCGCAGUACCUCAAAACAUUACCGGCACCGAAGCGGAAACCAGCUCACCAACGGUCCUCGAUGAAGGGUUCCAAUACGAGACCACCGAUCGUGAACCCCUCCGCAUUGCCCUAACAUCCAUCAAAAACCUCCGCGCAGCCGUUCGUACGGCCAUGCACAACACCUUGACUGAGACAAUCGCAUCUCAUACAUACGUGGGAUUGGUCGACGAACGACGACGCAUCGCAGCCAUCCAAUCCGGGGUAAAGCUCUACCUAGUCGACUACGGCAUGAUCUGCAGCGAAUUCUUCUACCAAGUCGGUCUCACAGACUUUGGAAACUUCGGCACCAUAAAGCUCGACCCAGCACCCAAGCUUGUAGAUCUAUUGCGAAUCGCAGCAGAUAUCGAGCGAGAAGAGCAUCAAUCACACCAAACUAAUGAAGACGAAGAAGAAGAAGACAUCUUCGCCAACGCACCAGAAGCCGUCUCCAGAACACUCGUCGAGCGCCGAGAAAUGCUCAACGAAUACUUCUCCCUAAACAUUUCCGCCGAGGGCGAUCUAAUUUCCAUCCCCCUCCUACUCAAGAACUACCUCCCCUCACUAGGCAAACUACCACGGUUCCUCUUAAGACUCGGUCCCUACAUCGACUGGACCAGUGAAGAGGAAUGCUUCCGGACGUUCCUACGGGAACUUGCUGCUUUCUACACGCCCGAGCAGCUGCCUCCGCCUCCGGCGCAAACUCCAGAAGGCGAGUCUCAGAGUGAACAAGACGAAGACGCGUUCAUUCAGCAACGUCGGGUGCAGAUGGGCAGAAUGCUGGAGCAUGUGGUCUUUCCGGCGUUGCGGGCGAGGAUGGUUGCCACGUCACGUCUUCUUCGGGGUGUGGUUGAGGUUGCGGAUUUGAAGGGUUUAUAUAGGGUUUUUGAACGUUGUUGAGUAUUUCAUGGGAAAGAUUCCCUUCGAUGUAUUUACGGGUAUAGAUUUGUUCAUGUCUCGUACAAGAAGCAGCUGAGACCAUGUUUCAGAAAUAUUUAUCCAAAAGUCCUCGGUGGUGAAAAUAUCAAUCCUGUUUGUUUCAUCACAGAUGUUUAAGUUACAUUGUUCAAAUAUUCAACGAAAAAAGCACGCAGAUGAAUGAAGGGUCAAGAGCAACCUAUUAAAGCCCGAGGUCGAGAAAGUUUCCCAAACGCUGAAUUUGAUAGAAAAGAAGAAAAUCAGGCCAGAAAAGACAGAAUAAGCGCUGGUAUGUCAAACUCGCAAUACAAAUAAUGUGUAAUGAUAACCCGACCAAGCCAAACUCCAUUGCGCCCAAGAGAAAACAAAUCC